AUGUUCUCGACGAAAAUAGCUGUGGUGUGUUUGUUGCACGUGAUCGUGGCAGUGUCCUGCGACGAUCCUGUGAAGCCCGUAUGGUCGGAGAAGUACCUCAUCAAUGGUAUGAUCCAUUAUCCGGACACGGAAAUUAAAGAAUUUUUCGACAUGUGGUAUGAUAGUAGCCGAAACGCUUCCCGUAUCGAUUUCUACGGCGGUAGCGUUAAGUACUACCAAUUAGGAAAUGGAAACGGUGUUCAAUACAAAAUCGUUCCUGUAACCACCGAGGAAGUACUCAACGAACGCACCUGUUUCCAAAUCGAUGGUACCGCACAAAAUCCCAUUGGGCCACAAGCCAUGUUCCCUAACAUGGAUGAACUUGAAUACAGAGGUCUCAAAGUAAACCAGAUGGGCAAGCAAGCCGAAUGUUAUGAAACUGAAAAAGAGAUAAUGGGCACUAAUCACAAAUACACUUUAUGGGUCAAUCGAGAUGCCCAGAACAACGCGGUACCUGUCUACUACGAGUUAGCUGGACACAACACUUUAAUGCCUCCAGGACCAACAGACGUCGUCGACAUCGUCUACUUCAAAUACACCCCGGUAACCGACAUUCCAGCUGAUGUAUUCAACGUUUCCAACGAAGGCCUUAAAUGCAAACCUUACCCCGGACCCGCCAGUCACAAAGUACACGCCUUCAAUCCUGUUGCCGAUAUCAUUCACCCUCAGAAAACCGAGCACGUCGAAGCUAGAUUCAAAGAAUUCGUCAACACACACGGCAAACAAUACGAAUCCGACGACGAGCACUCAUUCAGAAAAUUGCUGUUCAGACGCAACGUGAGAUACAUCGAAGCUGUCAACAGACAAAACAAAUCUUACACAUUAGGUGUUAACCACUUGGCUGACAGGACAGACGAGGAAAUGCAAGUACUCAGAGGCCGCAUUUCCAGCGAUGAAGUUGAUAACGAAGGUUUACCGUUCCCUUACGAAAAUCCUGAAGCUAUCAUAGUCCCAGAUGAGCACGAUUGGAGGCUUUACGGAGCCGUUACCUCAAUGAAAGAUCAAGCUCACUGUUCCUCUUGCUGGGCAUUUGGAGUCAUCGCUGCUUUGGAAGGAGCUUAUUUCUUGAAAACCGGCGAAUUGAAAAUCCUCUCCGAACAAGCUGUUAUGGAUUGCGCUUGGGGAUUCGGUAACAACGGUUGCCACGGUGGAAGUCCCAAGGGAGCUUACCAAUGGAUCAAGAAACACAACGGUGUACCAGCUACUGAUGAGUACGGAAAAUACCUCGGAGAAAACGCCAACUGCAGAGCCGAUUUGAGCAACAACACUAACUUGUAUUGUUAUCGGAAUCUGAAAUUUCAUCUGUAG